AUGCCAAGAGGCUCAAAAAUCCAUCUUCACUUUUCAGUCAGAAGAAGCAGAAGUGGAUGUGAGAGAAAGAGACAUACAAAGAGACAGACAACGGAUAGGAGGGCGAGAGACCGGGCAUUCAGAGACUCUUGUCCUGACAACUCCAUGCAGUUCGGAACGAGGACACCGGCAAGCGAGCCUGGGUACAUGGGGGCAUGGCAGAACUGUGAUGCCAAUCUUCUCUUCAGAAUGUCCCAACAGGCCAUCCGAUGUACACUUGUAAAUUGCACAUGUGAAUGUUUCCAGCCCGGGAAGAUUAAUCUGAGAACCUGUGACCAAUGUAAACAUGGCUGGGUGGCACAUGCUUUGGACAAGCUUAGCACUCAGCAUCUGUACCACCCAACACAAGUGGAGAUUGUACAAUCCAACGUAGUGUUUGACAUCAGCAGCCUGAUGCUGUAUGGUACACAGGCCGUGCCUGUGCGGCUCAAGAUUCUGCUGGACCGUCUCUUCAGUGUGCUCAAGCAAGAAGAAGUUUUACAUAUCCUACAUGGCCUAGGAUGGACGUUACGGGACUACGUCCGUGGAUAUAUACUUCAGGAUACUGCUGGCAAGGUCCUGGAUCGUUGGGCAAUUAUGUCUCGAGAAGAGGAGAUUAUCACUUUACAGCAGUUUCUACGGUUUGGAGAGACCAAAUCCAUUGUGGAGCUCAUGGCCAUUCAAGAAAAGGAAGGACAGGCAGUUGCUGUGGCUUCUGCAAAAGCUGAUUCAGAUAUAAGAACUUUUAUUGAAACCAACAAUCGUACCAGAAGCCCAAGUGUACUCUCACACUUGGAAAACAGUAACCCUUCUAGUAUUCACCACUUUGAGAACAUGCCCAAUAGCCUUGCAUUUCUCCUUCCAUUCCAGUAUAUCAACCCAGUCUCUGCUCCUAUGCUUGGAUUACCUCCCAAUGGGCUCAUGUUAGAGCACCCCGGACUGAGGUUGCGAGAACCUAACAAUACCAGUCAGAAUGAAUGUGAAGAGACCAGUGAGUCUGAGGUCUCCCCUAUGCCUUAUAGUAGGAAUGAGCAGACAUCCAAUAGAAACGCCUUGAGUAGCAUCACAAAUGUAGAGCCAAAAUUAGAGCCAAACAAUGCCUCCCCCUCUCAAGCAUCUACUCCAGUCAGUGACAUAAAUAAGUCUGAGCAUGUCAAAAGUUCUUUCAAGAUUCACAGAAUGAGGAGGAUGGGAAGUUCAUCACGCAAAGGACGGGUAUUUUGCAAUGCUUGUGGCAAAACCUUUUAUGACAAAGGAACACUAAAAAUCCAUUACAAUGCAGUGCAUCUUAAGAUCAAACACAGAUGUACUAUUGACGGUUGUAACAUGGUUUUCAGUUCUCUUAGAAGUAGAAAUCGACAUAGUGCAAAUCCCAAUCCCCGUCUGCACAUGCCAAUGCUAAGAAACAAUAGAGAUAAAGACCUUAUACGGGCAACAUCUGGAGCUGCGACACCUGUAAUAGCAAGUACAAAAUCAAGUUUAACUUUAACAAGCCCAGGUCGACCUCCAAUGGGCUUUUCUACACCACCUUUGGAUCCCCUUUUGCAAAAUUCACUUUCCAGUCAACUAGUGUUUCCAGCUUUAAAAACUGUACAGCCUGUUCCUCCUUUUUACAGAAGUUUACUAAAUUCAGGAGACCUAGUGAGUCCUCCUGCAUCACUACCUACUAGUCCAAUUUUGCCAGCACCUCUCGGAAUAGAACAGCCUCUUCCUCCACUGCCUCAAGAGCUGCCAUCAACUGUGAUUAAUGUGUCAACACAGGACUCUAAUACAGAUCUUGCUCCUAAGAAAAAGCCAAGAAAAUCUAGUAUGCCAGUUAAAAUUGAGAAGGAAAUCAUUGAUACUGCUGAUGAAUUUGACGAAGAAGAAGAAAACAUUGACCAUGGUCCUUCCAUAAAUGACAUUAGCCAUGAUAGCCAUUCUCAAGGUGAUGUAAGCCCAGGACUGUCAAUAAACAGUUACUCAAAAACAAGCAGCAACAGGUGUAUUAUGCGUUCAGACACCAGAGCAAACAGUAUAACAUCUGAAGACCAGGAACACGAGAGAGAUUUUGAAAAUGAAUCAGAAUCCUCUGAGCCAAAAUAUUGUGAUGAUCCAAUGGAGGAUGAUAACCUUCCAAUUCACAAAGAUGUUAGGACAGAAAAUGAUAAAUCUUAUGAAAAUCAUAUUGACAGCCAUCAGCAGGCUAUAAUAAAGGUAAAGGAAGAGUUUACAGACCCUACAUAUGAUAUGUUGUACAUGAGCCACUAUGGACUUUAUAAUGGGAGCAGUGCUGGCAUGGCUGCACUUCAUGAAAGCUUAGCUUCAUCAUUGAGUUACGGAAGCCCUCAAAAAUUCUCUCCAGAGGGGGACCUCUGCUCAAGCCCAGACCCUAAAAUUUGCUAUGUGUGCAAAAAAAGUUUCAAAAGCUCAUACAGUGUGAAGCUGCAUUACAGGAAUGUUCAUCUAAAAGAGAUGCAUGUCUGCACAGUAGCUGGCUGCAAUGCUGCUUUUCCUUCACGCCGGAGUAGAGACAGACACAGUGCCAAUAUUAACCUUCACCGUAAACUGUUGACCAAAGAACUGGAUGAGAUGGGGCUGGACUCCUCUCAGCCCAACCUCCGAGAUGAGAUCUUGGCAAAAAUCUAUGGCGGUCAACAUUCCAUGGGCCUGGAUAUUAGAGAGGACACCACCUCACCAGUUGGUACAGAAGAUUCGCACAUCAAUGGAUAUGGGCAUAGCCUGGCAGACGACUACAUGGUCUUAGACUUGAGUACAACCUCCAGUGUUCAGUCUAGCAGCAGUAUCCAUUCUUCUCGAGAGUCUGAUAUAGGCAGUGAUGAAGGAAUCCUCCUUGAUGACAUUGAUGGUGCCAGUGAUAGUGAGGAGUCCACUCAGAAGGCUAAUGUCUCUGCCCCGCUCAUGGGACCAGGCAAUGAUGUGACAGAAUCUUCCUUAUACAACAACUUUGCCAUGAGCAAUGGUGGAAUAAUGUGCAACAUUUGCCACAAAAUAUACAGUAACAAAGGAACCCUGCGGGUUCAUUACAAGACAGUGCAUUUGCGGGAGAUGCAUAAAUGCAAAGUCUUUGGAUGUAACAUGAUGUUCUCCUCUGUACGCAGCCGGAAUCGGCACAGUCAAAAUCCUAAUCUCCAUAAAAACAUUCCUUUCUCUGCUGUGGAAUAGCUUCCAAAUGGACAAAUAAACUUCAGAUUUCACAGAUGAACUGUUCCAUAUUUAUAUAUAUACGUACAUAUAUAAAAAUGUAUAUGUAUGUUAUAUAUCUAUACAUAAAUAUAUAAAUCUAGAUAUAUAUUCUUUUUUAACGAACAGAGAAAAAGAAAACUACAAAACACUAGGUGCUUUUUUAUGUUCACUUAUUGGUGAAACUGCCCUGAAAAGGACUACCAAACAGACAAAAUUAAAAACACGCGGUCACUUAUACCUUUCCUUUUUUUUUUUUUUUUUUUUUAUAUUCGUCUAUG